UUCUGGGGCUGCCCGGCCACCCGGGAUUCAACAGACUUGGCCAACGUGCCAUCCCGAAUGGAACACGCCAUGGAAACCAUGAUGUUUGCAUUUCACAAAUUUGCCGGGAACAAAGGCUACUUAAGGAAGGAGGACCUGCGAUUGCUCGUGGAAAACGAGUUCCCCGGGUUUUUGGAAAAUCAAAAAGCUCUGGCCGUGGACAAAAUCAUGAAGGUGGACCAGAGCCAAGGUGGCGAAGUGGGCUUCCAGAGCUGCUUUUCACUGAUCGCAGGCCUCUUCCCCAUUGCGGGCAGUGAUUAUUUUGUAGUAAACAUGAAGCGGAAGGGAAAGGAGGAGGCAGACUCGAACACUUACUCCUGCCCUGCUGAGGGUUCUCCCAAAGAGCCACUUAGGGAAUCUGCCUCUCAGUGUCCCCACUUUAAAAAUGUCACGAGCAGACCCGGACCCUUAGAAAAUGCACAGAUAACAUCCAGCUCUCAUUGGACAAGCAGAGAAAGUUAAAUGCCAGCUAAAUUUUUGAUUGUUAUAUUGUUUGCAUCCUGUUGCCCUCAAUAAGGUCUUUUUUUUUUUUAGUUCUGAAAAAAAAUUUUAAAGAAAAAGAAUGUGAGGCUGGAAGCACAAACUUGUCAUUCCAGCACUUUGGAGAGCCUGAGACUGCGGCAUUGAAAGUGAGCCCAGCCUGGGAAAUUUAGCAAUUAGUAAGACACUGCCUUGAGAGAAGGAAAGAAAGGAAGAAAAGGAAAGAGGAAGAAGGGCUGAUGAGGUAGCUUAAUGUGAAAGCGCUGGAUUCAACUUCUAGUGUGUAAAGUAAAUGAAUGAAAUAAAUACAGA